AUGAACUUUUUUUACGUCUACUUUAUCUCGUUCGUCGUCUUCAAGUUUCCUUGGAGGUUUCAUCACACUACGUUUGAUUCCAUCAUCUACAAUAAUCAGAACCAGACAUCCUUGCCUAUCGUGAUACUUACCGAUACCUCCCGGAACCAUCUAUACCUACGUCUUGCGUUCGUUGUGUUCUGGUUCGCAUCACCAAAGCCACAUCGAUUGUCAGCCGUUAGUCACACCAUCCACUCCGGUCACCUUAAUUGGCAAGCUACACUCUCCGGCAAAGUGUACAACUGUAAUUCCACCACCAAGACGACACAAUAUAAAUUUCAUUCGUUUCCGAGAGAGGCAAAAGAAAAACGAUCUUGGUUAAAUGCGAUCAAAUCAGGAAAACAGCCCUCAAAGCAUGCAAAGGUGUGUGAGAAACAUUUUCGAAAUGAUGACUACGUUGUGACUAGUUUAGGUCAAUGGAAAAUACUUAAGAAAAGUGCAAUUCCAUCACAAAAUUUGCCAAGGAGCUCUCAUCAUCUAGAGAAACGUGAUUCUACUGCAAGAAGUGAAAGAUAUUUGUCAAGGCAUACUCAAAAGAUUGUAACCGACAAUGACAAACAUAAUGUCAAUCGUGACAAUGAAAUAGUUGACAUUAUCGCAGAAGAUGUAGAAGAACAAGUUGAAGUGGAAAGAAGUGGCACACAUCAUGCGCAAAUUCAAACGAUCAUUAGUCUUAAGCGAUCCCAAUUAAUAUCCGCAAGUUUCAUAGAUGAGGCUCAAAUGAAACACAUGACGGGAUUUUCCAGAAAAUUGUUUAUUUUUUUUGUCAAUAUUUUGGCAAUUCAUACACAAAAACACAUUCGCUAUUUACCAAUGAAGACGAGCUCUUAAUCACGCUAAUGAAAUACAGACUGAACUUACAUUAUACGACGUUAGCUGCCCUUUUUGACACAGAUAUUCGAAUAAUAAAAUCCAUAGUAGAAAAGUGGACAAAACACCUAUACACAAACUUUAGACAAAUCAACUUCUGGGAUUUAAAAACGUGUAAGCACGGCCAGUACACGAUAGUCUUGGAUUGUACGGAAUUUAGAAUCGAACGCAGUGGUGAUCCUCUAAUACAACAAGCUACAUACUCUAGUUACUAUGGAACAAAUACUUUCAAGGUACUGAUUGGUGGAACGGAAAAUGGAGAAAUUGCCUUUGUGUCAGAUGUGUAUGGGGGUUCUAUUACUGAUCGCAAAAUAUCACAUAUAUCGGGCAUACUUGAUCUUUUGAAGGAAGCAGAUUACGUUUUGGCUAACCGAGGAUUUGACAUAUCAGAUCUUUUGGAAGAAAAGCAUGUCCAUUUAAAUAUCCCCCCAUUCAAGAAAGGAGCGCAGUUAACGGAAGAAGAAAUCUUUAAAACCAGGGCCAUUGCUAAUCGUCGAAUAAUUAUUGAAAAUUUAAUAGGAGCGGGGAAAAAAAAUAAAAUCCUAAGUGAUCGUAUACCAAGACAUUUAUGGCAUAUAACAAAUGAAAUUGUAUAUAACUGCAUGAUGUUUAUUAACUUCAAACCAUCUAUCGUUCAUGAUACUUUAAUUACAGGAAGUAAGCAAUAGUUUGCAUCAUAAUGUAACUCAUUUCACAUCUUAAACUAUAUUGUAAUAUUCAAAGUAACACCACUAACAUUAAGUAAUAUAAAAUAUAUAAUGUACAUAUCUAAUCUUA